CCAUUCGGUCUGAACUCUAGAGCCCCGGGUCGCCCGGGGCUCCACAGCCAGGAGGCAGCUGCGCGCACUCUCGGCCCCACCCACGCCGCUUCACCUGGGCGCAUGCGCUGACCCGGCCAGAGUCCUCGGUCCGGACCAGAGAGAGGGGGCGGGGCCUGACGCGGAUCGGGGCGGGGCCGUAGGCACUGACUGACAGUCCGACUGCGCUGCCGGGACGGUCCCUCCGCUCCCGAUCCGGCCGGAGGGAGGGGGGAGGGGCGGGAUUUCCUGCGGGAGGCGCCGAGCCGGCCUUGGAAAAGGAGAAGGAGGAGAAAAAGGGUAAGGGGGGCAGUGGGAGCCGCCGUCCAGAGUGCCAGGGACCGAGCAGGACCUGCCGGAUCCCCGGCGGGGAGGCUGGGAGAGACCCCUGAGACAUGUCCACCGCUGCUGACUGAGGUGUGAGGGAAUGCUGGCUGCUCUCUGGGUGGGCACUGGUGCUCCUGAGCCACGUUGGAAAGAUUGGCGCCCCCAGUCCUGGCCCAUCCCUGGGCUGUCGGAAGCUGCAAGCUGAUAUCCGUUCAGAUUUCCACACAGCCUCUGCCCCCUCAGAGAUCAGCUUUCCUGCUUGUGGUGGCAGCUCACGAAGCACCUUGAGGAGGUACCCGUCAGCGCCUAACAAGAAGCCCACUGCCUGGGACACCAGACACACUCCCCCUGGACGCCUGGCCCUCCAGAGGGCCAAGGGAUGGCACCCUGACACCUCGGCUUAGACCCGUUUCCCUGCCUCUGCCCUGGACUCCUGAGCUCAGAGCCCAGCCCAGGGACCAGGAUGGGUCGAGAACAGGACCUGAUCCUCGCUGUCAAGAAUGGAGAUGUGACUGGUGUGCAGAAACUGGUGGCUAAGGUCAAGGCCACAAAGACCAAGCUCCUUGGCUCCACGAAGAGACUCAACGUCAACUACCAGGAUGCUGAUGGGUUCUCGGCUCUCCACCACGCCGCCCUGGGGGGCAGCCUGGAGCUCAUAGCCUUGCUGCUGGAGGCUCAGGCCACCGUUGACAUCAAGGACAGCAAUGGCAUGCGCCCGCUGCACUAUGCGGCCUGGCAGGGCCGGCUGGAGCCCGUGAGGCUGCUGCUGCGGGCCUCCGCGGCCGUGAACGCCGCCUCGCUGGAUGGGCAGAUCCCGCUGCACCUGGCUGCCCAGUACGGACACUAUGAAGUGUCAGAAAUGCUCCUCCAGCAUCAGUCCAACCCGUGCCUGGUCAACAAGGCCAAGAAGACGCCCUUGGACCUGGCCUGCGAAUUUGGACGGCUCAAGGUGGCCCAACUGUUACUGAACAGCCACUUAUGUGUGGCACUGCUGGAGGGGGAGGCCAAGGACCCGUGUGACCCCAACUAUACCACACCCCUGCACUUGGCUGCCAAGAACGGCCACAGAGAGGUCAUCAGGCAGCUCCUGAGAGCUGGGAUUGAGAUCAACCGCCAGACCAAGACAGGCACGGCUCUCCACGAGGCCGCGCUGUAUGGCAAGACCGAGGUGGUGCGGCUGCUCCUGGAGGGUGGGGUGGACGUGAACAUACGGAACACGUAUAACCAGACGGCGCUGGACAUCGUGAAUCAGUUCACCACCUCCCAGGCCAGCCGUGAAAUCAAGCAGCUACUGCGGGAGGCCUCAGGGAUCCUGAAGGUCCGAGCACUCAAGGAUUUCUGGAACCUCCACGAUCCCACUGCCCUCAACGUCCGGGCAGGGGACGUCAUCACGGUGCUUGAGCAGCACCCCGACGGCCGCUGGAAGGGCCACAUCCACGAGAGCCAGAGGGGCACGGACCGUGUGGGCUACUUUCCCCCGGGCAUCGUGGAAGUGGUCAGCAAGCGGGUGGGCGUCCUUGCACCCCGCCUCCCCUGUGCGUCCACCACCCUGCGCCCAGGCCUCUCCAGGACACCACAGCCCCCUGCUGAUGACUCCCUGCACCCCCUUACCUAUGGCCAGCUGCCUCGGGUGGGCCUCAGCCCAGACAGCCCAGCAGGUGACAGGAACAGUGUGGGCAGCGAGGGCAGCGUGGGCAGCAUCCGCAGUGCUGGCAGCGGACAGAGUUCCGAGGGCACCAACGGCCACAGCACCGGCCUCCUUAUUGAGAAUGCCCAGCCACUGCCCUCUGCUGGAGAGGACCAGGUGCUGCCAGGACUGCACCCCCCGUCCCUGGCAGACAACCCAAACCACCGCCCUCUAGCCAACUACCGCUCCGGGGAGCAGCUCUUCACCCAGGACGUGAGGCCGGAGCAGCUGCUGGAGGGGAAGGACGCUCAGGCCAUUCAUAACUGGCUCAGCGAGUUCCAGCUGGAGGGCUACACUGCCCACUUUCUGCAGGCUGGCUAUGACGUGCCAACUAUCAGCCGCAUGACACCCGAGGACCUGACGGCCAUCGGGGUGACCAAGCCCGGGCACAGGAAGAAGAUCGCCUCAGAGAUCGCCCAGCUCAGCAUCGCCGAGUGGUUACCCAACUAUAUCCCGGCAGACCUGCUGGAGUGGCUGUGCGCGCUGGGGCUGCCGCAGUACCACAAGCAGCUGGUGAGCAGCGGCUACGAUUCCAUGGGGCUGGUGGCCGACCUCACUUGGGAGGAGCUGCAGGAGAUCGGAGUCAACAAGCUCGGUCAUCAGAAGAAGCUCAUGCUGGGGGUGAAGCGGCUGGCCGAGCUUCGGCGGGGCCUACUGCAGGGGGAGGCCCCAGGUGACGGCGGCCGCCGGCUGGCCAGGGCCCCGGAGCUGAUGGCCAUCGAGGGGCUGGAGAAUGGGGACGGUCCGGCUGUGGCUGGCCCGCGCCUCCUCACCUUCCAGGGCAGCGAGCUGAGCCCAGAGCUACAGGCGGCCAUGGCAGGGGGUGGCCCCGAGCCGCUCCCCCUGCCUCCUGCCCGCUCCCCCAGCCAGGAGAGCAUCGGGGCACGCUCACGGGGGUCUGGGCACUCACAGGAACAGCCUGCCUCCCAGCCCAGUGGCGGAGACCCCAACACCCCACAGGAGAGGAAUCUUCCAGAGGGGACAGAGCGGCCCCCUAAGCUUUGUUCCCCACUUCCUGGCCAAGGGGCCCCCCCUUAUGUUUUUAUGUACCCCCAAGGCUCGCCCUCCAGCCCAGCCCCAGGGCCGCCUCCUGGCGCACCCCGGGCCUUCUCCUACUUGGCCGGGCCCCUGGCCACUCCUCCAGACCCGCCUCGGCCCAAGCGCCGGUCCCACAGCCUGAGCCGCCCCAGCCCGGCCGAGGGGGAAGCCGAGGGGGAGGCCGAAGGGCCGGUGGAUAGUGCCUUGGGCAGUUACGCCACCCUCACUCGGCGACCAGGACGCAGCGCCCUCGCCCGGACCAGCCCCAGCCCGACGCCAACCCGAGGGGCGCCCCGCAGCCAGUCCUUCGCCCUGCGGGCCCGCCGCAAAGGCCCCCCGCCUCCGCCCCCCAAGCGCCUCAGCUCCGUCUCCGGCCCCACCCUGGAGCCGCCACCGCCGCCAGAUGGAAGCCCGGCGCCCAAGGAGGGGGCCCCAGGGCCCCGGAGGCGAACACUCAGUGAACCCACGGGCCCCUCGGAGCCCCCCAGCCUGCCCGCCCCGGCUGGCGCCGCAUCGGACACAGAGGAGGAGGACCCAGGGCCCGAGGGGACACCCCCGUCUCGGGGCAGCUCAGGGGAGGGGCUCCCGUUCGCGGAGGAGGGGAACCUGACGAUCAAACAGAGGCCCAAGCCGGCGGGCCCCCCACCCCGGGAGACGCCUGUGCCUGCUGGCCUCGACUUCAACCUCACAGAGUCAGACACUGUUAAGCGGAGGCCCAAAUGCCGGGAGAGGGAGCCACUGCAGACGGCACUCCUGGCCUUCGGGGUGGCCGGCGCCACGCCCGGCCCCCCUGCCGCCCUGUCCCUGCAGACCCCCGGCGAGUCCCCCUCGGCCUCUGCCAGCCCUCCCCGGCCUGACCCUAGCAGCCUCCCAAACCCCGGAGCUCCAACCCCUCUCUCUCCCAGCCCCCCGACCCAGCCCCCCAUGGCUCCCUGCCCAGGGCCGGCUCUGGAAAACAGUCGGCGGCCCGGGGAGAUGGAGCCCCCGGCUCCCCCUGCUGCCCUCCUCAAGGUGCCCGGAGCAGGAACAGCCCCCAAGCCUGUGUCUGUGGCCUGCACCCAGCUGGCAUUUUCUGGCCCUAAGCUGGCUCCCCGGCUCGGCCCCCGCCCUGUGCCCCCUCCAAGGCCAGAGAACACUGGGGCCACGGGCCCAGGCCGGGCCCAGCAGAGACUGGAGCAGACCAGCUCAUCCCUGGCAGCUGCCUUGCGGGCCGCGGAGAAGAGCAUUGGUGCUGAGGAGCGAGAGGGCCUCCCGGGCACCUCCACCAAGCACAUCCUGGAUGACAUCAGCACCAUGUUCGACGCCCUGGCUAACCAGCUGGAUGCCAUGCUGGACUGAGCCGGACCUGCUGGCAGCUCGCAGCAGUGCCCACCGUGACCUUCCUCAGCCACUGCCUUUCCCCCGGCACGGACGCCGCCCCUGCCGCCCUAGCGGGGUCCCUCCUGCUGCUGCAAGCCAACGGCUGUUGGCACCAGGGCUCUGGGAGGCGGCCCCCAGGGGAGCUGAGGGGACUCGUCAGAACCUGACACCUCAGCAGAGCCCCCUCCCAGUGUGUAACCUGACGGGACGGCCCUGCCUUUUGGGCAGGGACCCUGGUGAGAGCUUCCUCUCCAGGAAAGAGGUGGUGGCUGGGCUUCUGGGGUACCUCCUCUGUCCCCCCAGUGUCUCAAGCCCCUGUGCCAAGGCCCUCUGGCCACCCACUGUGCUGUCCUGGCGCCCAGAGGCUGGAGGAGGCGGUGUGUCUGGCCUGGUCCCCCGCAGGUGUUCACAGGACAUGUAAACAAGCGGCCAGGCCAGCCUCCGCCGCCGCCCCUGCCUGCCCUCAGUGAGGCAGAGCUGGCGGGGGUGGGAACAGUGGGAUUCACAGGUCCCCCAAAGUCCAGACGUUCCCAACUGUAAAUGUUAUUUUUUAAGCAGAGAGAAAUGCAUAUAUUUUAAAUGGAAUUUAUUCUAUCUAUAACUGCCUGAGAGGACGCAGUGGGGGAGGGGCUUCGGACCACAGCAAGAGCACCCACUGCCCGCCUUGGGGCUGGAAGCCUGACCUGGUUGGCCCAGGCCCCGGCUCUGUAACCAUUAACCUCUUCCCCCAACUAACACCAAUGAAAGUGUCAUUCCACGUGA